CUCGUCCUCCAUCUCAUCCCAGCUCGUUCCAGCAGCAGGCCCGAUCCGAGGAACCAGAAUCCGCGAGCCGCAUCGCCUGCGCCUGUCUCGGAGGACCCUCUGCAGCAUCGUCAGCACCCUUGCGGCGAUCCCUUUCGCACUCGCUUCCCCCACUUCGCCAUCGGCAACAGACCCACAGUGAUGCUGAAGAGCCUGGCGCCCUCGGGCGUUCUCCUGGUCGCCAUCCUGACUGCAAUCCACGAUCCUCUGACGGUCUACAUCCUCGUUGGCCUCAUCGCGUCGAUGCUGACCUAUCAUGCCAUCAACUGGGUCCGUGAGGUGUUCAUCAAGCACGGUCGGUUCGGCAAGGAUUUGCUCAAGCCCAACACUCCUGUGAUCCCCGAGAGCAUGGGCGUUGUCGUCGGCGCUGUCUACUUUAUCAGCAUGUUUUUGACGCUGCCCAUCCCUUUCAUGCCGUGGUUUGUCAAGGAAGACUCGGACCUGGAUCUGCAGGCCCAAGCCGAGUUUCCUCACCAGAGAUUUGCCCACGUCCUCGGCGGACUGCUUUCGCUGUUCAGCAUGCUCUUCCUUGGCUUUGCCGACGACGUUCUCGACAUACGAUGGCGAGUCAAAAUCUGGUUUCCUUUCGUGGCUACUCUCCCACUCUUGAUGGUUUACUACGUCAGCGGCGGCCUGUCGACGAUCAUGAUCCCAAAGAUCCUGUGGUCCGUAAUGGACACGCGCACCAUCGACCUCGGUGUCUUGUACUAUGUCUUUAUGGCCUGCCUGGCGACAUUCUCCACCAAUGCCAUCAACAUCCUCGCCGGUGUCAACGGCAUCGAAGGCGGGCAAGCCCUCGUUAUCUCCUCCUCCCUUGCCAUCAACAACAUCAUCUGGUACUCGUUCUCGACCAAGGAUCCGACACGGCAGGCCCACCUCAGCUCGCUGCACUUCCUCUUGCCCUUCAUCGGCGUGACCGUGGGCUAUCUGCGGCACAACUGGUACCCCGCCAAGGCAUUUGGAGGCGAUUCGUUCUGCUACUUUGCCGGAAUGACGAUUGCCGUCGUCGGAAUCAUCAACCAUAUGAGCAAGACGGUGAUUAUCUUUAUGAUCCCACAGAUUUUCAACUUUAUCUACUCGUGUCCACAGCUGUUCCAUUUGGUCGAGUGUCCACGACACCGGAUGCCCAAACUCAACCCAAAGACCGGGAAACUCGAAGCCAGCCAGCUGUCGCUCAAGGGCAUCAAGCCCCUCGGCAGAGUCUGCGUGCUCAUUCUCAAUGCCCUUGGCCUGUGCAAGAUCCAGCGAGACCCCAAGACCAACGAAUGGGUCUCGUGCAACAACUUCACCCUGAUCAACCUUGUGCUUGUCAAGCUCGGUCCCAUGACGGAAGAGCAAACCUGUCGCUGGGUCCUGUGGAUCCAGAUCCUGUCAAGCUGCCUGGGGUUCCUGAUCCGGUUUGGCGGCGCACAUCUCUUCUACGGCAUCGGUAACUGAGCCGAGGGUCUCUGUCUGGAGCGCACCGAUCAGCGACCUCCAAUAUACACCCAUAUUCUCGAC